AUGACCAUCAUCAUGGGUAUCAUCUGUACUGCCAACUUGUCAGGCAGUUUCACCCAUACCAUUGCAGCAUUCCCCACUGCCCCCAAUGACAAAAUGGAAUCACCACUGACACUGAUGAUGAUGCCAACUUCCUUUCCCUUCAAUCAUCCCCAGUAUUCCUAUACCCAGCCAUUGUGCACACUUGUCAGCAUUGCCAACCAACCCCCCAUGUGCUGGUCCAGGAUUGCUAUUCAUCUGACCUGCAGCAAGGCUUUGGCAGUGCAGAAUGAGAAUGAGAAAAAUGUUACAUUGACCCAAGUCAACAUUGGUAGAGUGGAAGGUGCUGGUAGCCUGUCAUAA